ACGAGCAGUCGAAUCUGAUGGCCACGUUCGUCGUGUCGGUCUAUCUUCUUGGAUUCGCCAUCGGCCCUCUCUUCAUCGCGCCCAUGUCCGAGAUGUUCGGCCGUAUGCCCCUCUACAACAUCUGCUCCGUGCUGUUCGUCAUCUUUAACGUGGGCUGCGCCCUCUCCACGUCAAUGGGCAUGCUCAUCGCCUUCCGGCUGCUCGCAGGCUGCGCCGGUGCCUCGCCCCUCACGCUCGGCGGCGGCACAAUCGCCGACAUGUUCCCGCAGGAGCAGCGGGCCGGCGCCAUGGCAAUCUACUCCAUGGGCCCCCUGCUCGGCCCCAUCAUCGGCCCCGUCUGCGGCGGCUUCCUCGUCGAGGCCCUCUCGUGGCGCUGGGUGUUCUGGAUCCUGGCCAUCUUCGGCGGCGUGUUCGGCAUCAGCCUCGCCGUCGUCGGCCGGGAGACGUUCCACCAGACCAUCCUCAACACUAAGGUCGCGCGCCUGCGCAAGGAAACGGGCAACGCGCAGCUCCGCAGCAAACUCAACAACGGCCUCUCGUCCAAGGAGGUCUUUGUCCGCGCCAUCGCACGCCCGAUGAAGAUGCUGUUCUUCAGCCCUAUCGUGUUCCUCAUGUCGCUGUACAUCUCCGUCAACUACGGCAUCCUGUACCUGUUCUUCACGACCAUGACAUUCGUCUUCGAGGGGCAGUACGGAUUCUCCUCGGGAGCCGUCGGGCUCGCGUAUCUGGGCAUGGGCAUGGGCAUGAUCUUCGGCAUGGCCGCGCUGGGCAUGCUGUCGGACAAGAACAUCAAGAAGCACCAGGCCAAGGGCAACGCGAAGCCCGAGCACAGACUGCCCAUGUUCCUCACGGUUCCCGGCGCGGUGAGCCUGCCGCUGGGCAUCUUCGUGUACGGCUGGACGACGAACUACGGCGUGCAUUGGAUUGUCCCCAUCAUCGGCACGGCCUUCAUCGGCGUCGGCAACCUGACUGCCAUGAUGACGAUCCAGACCUACCUUGUCGACGCCUUCAACGUGCACGCCGCGUCCGCCAUCGCUGCCAAUACCGUGCUGCGCUCCGUCUUCGGCGCCGUGCUGCCCCUCGCCGGCCUCGACAUGUACGACAAGCUGGGCCUUGGGUGGGGAAACUCGCUGCUGGGCUUCGUCGCGCUGGCCUUCAUCCCGGUGCCGGUGCUGUUCAGAAUCUACGGCGAGCGCAUCAGGACGAACCCGAGGUUCCAGGUGCAGUUCUAGGCUGGCGGUAGUUGCGUGAGGAGUGGGUUUGUGUCGCCCAUGGCGGAGUUGCGCGAUUGUCGGUUUCUUUGCAGCAUAUACCCCGAUAGUAGCGUCAUUGUAAUCCAAAGUUAGCCACUGUGAUGGA